AUGCCUCCUAAGUGGGGUUCUGCCGGGGCAGCAGCGGCGAACACGAGCUUGGUGCUGCUGCUGUACAUCACGCCUAGCGCACCGGGCAGCAGCAUCUUCGUGCAGGUGAACCUGUUCCCCUUCCUGCAGAGGAAGGCCGCGGCAAACACGAGCUUGGUGCUGCUGCUGUACAUCACGCCCAGCGCACCGGGCAGCAGCAUCGUCGUGCAUGUGAACCUGUUCCCCUUCCUGCAGAGGAAGGCCGCGGCGAACACGAGCUUGGUGCUGCUGCUGUACAUCACGCCCAGCGCGCCGGGCAGCAGCAUCGUCGUGCAGGUGAACCUGGUCAGGCCCGGCGACGGCAAGAAGCUGCCCUCCAUGCCGCGCUGGCUGCGGCACAUCGGCCUGCACCAGAUAUACGAUGGCGAUUCCUACUUCCUGCACUGCCAGGAGCGAGUGCUGCAGGAGAGGGAGCAGCAGAUGGAGGAGGCGCGGGCGAGCAAGGGCGGGGCACAGCAGGGGGGAGGUGCGGCGGAGGGUGGGCGAAGUGAAGCGGGGGGCGCAGGGGUUGUGAGGGGGAGCGCGUGGAGGGCGUUUUACAUGCCCACCAACGCUGACCUCCCUGUGGUUGCCUUCCGGCAAUGGCUCUCCAAAUAUGCAGGUGGAGCCGUGGAGUACCCGCCGGCCUUCUCAGAUGUGUCGCUGCCCCCCCAGCCGGCCGCCAAGGAGGUGGUGUUGGAGCGCAUGGCCUCGCACACCGCCCACUGCACAUCCUGCUCCGCCACCUUCGCCAACCUGCAGCGCCUCCAGCUGCUGCUGCCCGCCGUCUCGUUGCUCUCCGCUGCUGCUGCUGCUGCCGCCUCCACCUCCCUGCGUGCUCGUGUGCCGCUUGCUCUGCUGGCUGUGGCCGCCGCUGCUGCUGCCUGGAAGGUGCAGGAGUUUGCCAAGGAGUUUGUGUACGCAGGAUGGGACCAUGCGAGAAAGGACUGA